AUGUCCAACCCAGAGGACUAUACAGUGGGAUGGAUAUGUGCUAUUAUCAAAGAGUAUGUCGCGGCACAAGCCUUUCUUGAUGAGAUGUAUCCCCGUCCCGAGUUCGUGGCUUGCAAUGACAGCAAUACCUACACACUGGGAAGAAUGGGGAAGCAUAAAGUUGUGGUAGCUGUGCUUCCCGACGGAGAGUAUGGCAUAUCCGCUGCAACAGGGGUCGUGAAGGAUAUGCUACACAGCUUCCCUAACGUCAGAAUCGGCCUUAUGGUUGGUGUUGGCGGUGGAGCACCCAAUCGAAAGCAUGAUAUCCGGCUGGGCGAUAUUGUCGUCAGUGCUCCUCGUGAUGGCAGUGGCGGUGUGUUCCAGUACGACUUCGGUAAGACGAUUCAGGAUCAGAAAUUCUGCACCACUGGGUUCUUGAACCAGCCUCCGACCCUCCUGCGUUGCGCUAUGGCCGACAUCAGGGCCAAAUUUGAGAUGGAAGGCCACCAGCUUGAAGCUGCCAUUGAGGCUGUUCUCGAAAGUAAACCAAAGCUUCGCAGGAACUACAAGCGGCCGAACCAAGACAGUGAUAGACUGUAUCAAAGUGAAGUUGUCCAUCCCGUAGCUGAUGAUGGGGCCUGUGUCACGACCUGUGGUGAUGGUCCGCCAACACUGAUAGUACGGCCUGAGAGAACCGAUGAAGAUGAAAACCCUACAAUCCACUACGGCCUGAUUGCUUCAGCAAACCAGCUAAUGAAGGAUGCUUUCGUUCGGGACCAACUUGCCAUAGAGAAGGAUGUGUUAUGCUUUGAAAUGGAAGCGGCCGGGUUGAUGAACCAGUUUCCUUGUCUAGUAAUCCGCGGUAUAUGCGAUUAUUCAGAUUCCCAUAAAAACAAGGAGUGGCAAGGUUAUGCAGCAAUGACGGCUGCCGCAUAUACAAAGGACCUCCUUUGUUGCAUCCCUCCGAGUAAGGUCGAGGCCGAGAAAAAGAUCAAAGACAUCCUUUCUGAUAUCGUGACGAGCAUUGGAAACAUCGACUUAAAGUUGACUAGAAAGGAAGAUCUUGAAAUACUCAAAUGGCUCAGCCCAACUGAUUAUGAUGCGGAGCAGAACGAUCAUUUCAGAAAAAGACAGGACAAUACCGGACAAUGGCUUGUCAACUCCCCUGAAUUUCGAAAGUGGAUUGAGACCAGUGGGCAAACAUUGUUUUGUCCAGGGAUUCCUGGAGCAGGAAAGACAAUAAUGGCGUCAACAGUGAUUGAGCAUCUGAAGACUCGCUUCUCGGAAGAUGAGUCUGCUGGUAUUGGCUACCUUUAUUUUAACUUUAGGCGUCAAGGCCAGAAGGUGCAGGAUCUCUUUAGCAGUUUGCUUAUGCAACUUAGCCAAGGCUGGCCAGCUCUCCCGGAUUCCGUUACAACACUCUACAAGAAACAUCAGACAAAGCGCACUCGGCCUCAGAUUGAUGAGAUACUGGAAUCUCUUCAAUCUAUAAUAUCGAUGUAUGCGAGAGUAUUCAUUGUUGUGGACGCACUCGAUGAAUAUCAGUCCUCUGAUGGCUGUCUGGAUACAUUUUUAACCGACAUAUUCAAGAUCCAGGAUAAGACUCAAUUAAACAUCUUGGCGACAUCGAGACAUAUCGCGGAAAUUGCAGCGAGAUUUCAUGGAGGUAGUUCUCUGGAAAUACGAGCUGUAGACGAAGAUGUGCGAACGUAUCUGGCUGGCCAAAUGGACAGAUUGCCAAAUUUCGUCCGGCGGGAUGCCGAUUUACAAAAUCGAAUAAGGACCACAAUAGCUCAGGCCGUCAAUGGAAUGUUUCUUCUUGCUUCAUUACAUAUAGACACCCUCUCUAGAGAGCCUACAGUCGGUCAUCUCGAACUGGCUUUGAAUGCUUUGCCCAAGGGACUGGAUGAAACAUAUGACCAGGCUUUGGUGCGCAUUGAAAGGCAAGGCGGGGGACUCCAACAAUUAGCAAAGGCGGUCUUGUCUUGGCUUGUGUUUGCACGCAGACAGCUUUCCCCAGCUGAGCUUCAAUGCGCCCUUGCGAUUAAGCCUGGAAGUUCGAAGCUGGACAGAAAUUUUAUCCCUGAUAUUGAAAUGAUAGGAUCUAUCUGCGCAGGUCUGGUCACAAUAGACACUGAAAGCAACGUCAUUCGGGUGGUCCAUACGACAACGCAGGAAUAUUUCGAGCGCACACACGACCGAUGGUUGCCGAAUGCAGAAAAUGACAUUACAAGAGCUUGCAUCACGUACCUUUUAUUUGACGAAUUUAAGAGUGGUCCCUGCCUAUCCGAUGAUGAGUUUGAGGAGCGUCUGGAAUCAAACCAACUCUACUCCUACGCAAUAGAUCAUUGCGUUUGUUCCCUCCAAGCUUCUACAGAGUUACAUGAAGAAACAAUGAUAUUCUUAAAGUCCAAGGAAAGUUUAGAAGCCGCAAUUCAAACUUAUAUGGUUGGGAAAUAUAUCCUUCUCAAGCAUCUAGAUGGCAAUUAUAGUCAAUCAUUCCUAAAGGGAGUGAGCAUGCUUCAUGUGGCAGCCCAUUGCGGAAUGAAGGGGGUAGUAGAGACCCUUCUUUUAAACGGAGUUGAGCCCUCUGCAAAAGAUGACUCAAAUCAAACGCCGCUCGUUUAUGCCGCCACAAGUGGGUAUGAGACUAUAGUAAAGCAGCUUCUCGAUGCCGACCAGACUGGUGUUGAUUUGAUGGAUAUAGACGACCGAACACCGCUUUCAUAUGUUGCCGAACUUGGCCAUGCUGGUGUUGCUAGGCUAUUACUUGAUACUAGCAAGGCCAAAGUUCAAGUUGACUUGAGAGAUAAAGUUGGUCGAACACCUCUUUCAUAUGCGGCAAAAUAUGGCCAUCUGAAUAUAGUCAAGCUACUACUUGAAACGGGAAAUGCGAUGACCGACUUGAAAGAUGAGAAAGACCGAUCACCAUUAUCAUAUGCUGCUGAGAAUGGCCAUGAUGCUGUGGUCAAGCUACUACUCGAAACCGGUGAUGUUAAUACCGACUCAAAAGAUGAGAAUGGCCGGUCACCACUGUCAUAUGCGGCUGAGGAGGGCGACGAGGCUACAACUAAGCUGCUUCUUUGUACCAACACUGUUGAGAUUAAAUACAAAGACAAAAGUGGCCGGUCACCUCUAUCAUAUGCCGCUGAAAAUGGUUGUGAUGUUGUAGUCAAGCUACUACUUGAAGCCGGUGAUAUUAAUACCGACUCAAAAGAUGAGAAUGGCCGGUCACCACUUUCAUAUGCGGCUGAGGAAGGCAACGAGGCUGUGGUUAAGCUGCUACUUGACCUAAACCCAACUGACGUCAACUCAAAGGACAAUUAUAAUAUGACACCGCUUUCAUAUGCUGCCAAUAAUAAUCAUGAAAGCAUUGCUAAGAUACUAUUUGACAAAUGGAAUGGUGACGUUCGGGCAGCUAGUGACUGUCCGGCGGACAUGUUCCGCAGGUCCAUCCUGCAUAAACCAAUAGUGGACAUACUGCUCGAAAAUGGAAAGCUGGAUAUUGUCUCAGAGAAUGGUCGAUCUCCGCUCUUCUGGGCAGCCAGAGCCGGCGCCAAGACGAUAGUUGAACGGCUUCUCAAUUCAGGGAAGGUUAAUGUUAACUCGAAGGACAUAUUCUUUGGCCGCACACCGUUGUCAUGGGCUACUGAAGGAGGGAAAGAAGAAAUGGUUCAGCUGCUCCUCGAUGUACCAAACGUUGACGUCAACCUGCAGAGCAGUGACGGCCAGUCGCCAUUGGCUUUAGCUGCUGUGCGGGGGAGUGAGGCUAUAACAAAGCGUUUGCUCAACACAGGGAAGGUUGAAAUUGAUUUGAAGGAUUCGGUAAAUGGCAUGACGGCAUUUGGAUACGCGGCUUUGGUUGGGAAGGAGGCCAUUAUGAGGCUGCUUCUCGAUACGGGAAUGGUCGACAUUAACAUGAAAUCAUGUAGCGACCUCACCCCAUUACAUUUUGCUGCCCUAUACGAUCAAGAGGCUGCAGUGAGGUUACUACUUGAUACAGGAAAGGCCGAUGUUGAGUCAAGGUGUGAUGGUGGCGUGACACCACUCGUAUUGGUUGCUUGGGCUGGAUGCUCGGGUCAAGUCAAGUUACUGCUUGAUAGAGGAAAAGCUGAUGUUAACUCAAGAGGCGAGAAUGAUAAAACGCCAAUUAUAGCUGCUGCUGAACGGGGGCAUGAGAGUGUAGUGAAGCUGCUGCUUGAGACAGACGGGUUAGAUAUUGAUCUGAAGGAUUCUUUUGGACUCACCGCGAUCGACUACGCAGAAAAGAAUAAGCAUAAGGCUGUGAGGAAGUUACUGCAAGCUCGAUUGAGGACAUAG